AUGACUGUGCUGAGACCUUUGGUGGAGCCCAAUAUCAUUAAGGAGAAGGCCAAGAAGUUCAUCAGGCACCAGUCAGACCGAUAUGUCAAGUUAAGUGCAACUGUCAGAGACCCGGAGGCAUUGAGAGCGUGGUGCGAGGAGAUUCAAGAGCCAGAGCUUCAUGCCCUACGUAGGUUUUGGCACCAACAAGGAAACAAAGUAAAAUGUGCCCAGUGGCAUCCAGAAGUUCCUAGUGCACAACGUCAAGGAGCUAGAGUGCGGCUGAUGUGCAACAAAUUUCCCUGUGCAGGGAUUGCCGUGGUGGAAAGAGCAGCCCAGAGGCCAUGA